UUGAAUUCCAAGAAUUGUAGCCCGUUGCCUCUCUCUCGCGGCCUCGUUUGAUUGUCGGGGGAAAUACCGUGCAGCGGGUGAAAAAAGAAAAAAAAGUACGAAUUCCUCUUCGAUCGCUCGCCGUGCUCUCUACCACCACCGCCGUUCAACUCCAGCCGUCGCUCCUUCACAACCAUCAUCGCCUACACGGAGGUUCGUACUCUCUCUCUCCCUCUCCCCCACCAUCACUUCCCUUUGUCUGCGCGAGAGGCGACGUCUCCGGAGAAGGGCGACUGCUCUGUUGUGGUAUUCCAACUUCACCGGCUUGACCAUCACCUGAUUUGGGAAACUGCUUCUGUGGUUCUUGCUGGGCUUAUUGCGGCACCAAAAUUAGUUGGCAGAUCCCUAGCUGAGCAGACUUUUCUCCUCCUUGGUGCUGUUGAGGCUGGGACUGGCAUUGCAGAGCUGAUUGUUCUUGAGAUAUCAAGACAGGGCCAAUGGCUGCCAUGGCGGAUCCUUCCACUAGCCAAGAAAUCCCCGAUUCUGUUUCAUACCCACGCAAGAAAAUUCGGAUAAUAGCAAAAAUUCAAGAGCUUGUUGGCCGGGAGACGGAGACCUCCGAUGGGUGCCUCUCAUCUUGCAUUUCUUUUGAAGAUCCAGUUGAGAAAUCCAACGCACAGAGCCGUAUUCGCCUCUCCGACCGUGAAGCUGGCAAAAGCGAGACGUUCAAGUUGGAUUGUUGCUACGGAAAGGAUGAGGCAGCAGAUUCAGUUUUUUCAAAAGAAAUUAGUUCCCUUAUUGCUGGCAUUUUCCAAGGUUUUCAUUCAACUAUACUUUUCUACGGGGGGAAAACGAGUGGAAAGAAUUCUGUGAUCCAGGGUUUAAUACCAUUAUCAAUGGGCGAAAUUCUAUCUACGAGUGGCAGAAUGUCAUAUAUGGUAAAGCUGUCGUGUUAUGAAGUGCGUUGCGAGCCACACGGGGAUCGCUGCUAUGAUUUAUUGGAACCAAAAGAUAAGGAGGUUUCUGUGUGGGAAGACAAGGGCGGCAGGAUUCAACUGAAGGGGCUUGCUCAGGUUCCCGUGCAAUCCAUUUCCGAUUUUAAUGAAAAGUUUUCAAACUUUAUGGCCAGUUGUAAAACUAGUCAAAAAGGUUUUCUGGAGGCUCCAAGGAAGUGCCACAGAGGUAUGAUGGUAUGGAUAUUCCAAAAAAGGGAGCAAGAAUCCACACUUAAUUUUGUGGGGAAGAUGAAUUUCAUUGAUUUAGCAGUAGGUUAUGAGGGCGUGAAACAGAAAGUUGAAAACAGUUCUCAAAAGAUUGAAAGUGCUAGAAUCAACAAAUCUCUAUGUGACCUGUUGAGGGUUGUUCACGGGUUGAACUUGAGCGAGAAUGGGAUUGCAUGGAGGGAAAGCAAACUUGCUCGCAUUCUAAGAGAUUCAUUGGGUGUAAAAAGCCAAUCUCUAUUGCUCGCUUGCUUGAAUCAAAAUUCAUAUCAAGAAUCUGUAUGGACACUCAGUUUGGUUUCACGCCCAUGUCAGAGUACGAUCGGUUAUAGAAAAGACACCCCAAGGCCAAAACAGAAUAUGGCUACAGGUUUAAAGAAAGAGGUGUCUAUCGCUACUCCUUGCAGGCUGCAGUCUCCAUUUACUUCUGUCCCCAAGAACAGAAAUGCAGAGAGAAGUUUCCUUUCUUGUUCAACUCCAUGCAAGCUCCAAGCUCCAUGUGGUUCCUCAAAGGCAACCAACAAAUCUAAAUUCAAUUCGAGAAAAGAUGUACCAAAUGUUGCAUCUGCUACAACUGAGACAAGGAAACAGUUGCUGCCUUUAGCUUGCACCGCAAAUCCUAAAGAGGAGUCUGUGACCUCAGACGUUCUACCCGUCCUAGAGGAGCCAACAGCACAGGAGGGGAUGCAUGAUGUUGAAAUUGCAUCCACUAAGGAAGCCGUUGAUAUUGCAUCUGGUGUAGAACUAUUAUCAAUUUCAGAUGAGUCAAAUGCCAACAAGGAAAAUACAAGUUUCUGCAUAAAAUUUGAUGAAACUUCACCACCUAUAAGUGCAAGGCUAAAAGCCCUAAAAGAGAACUUGGAAGCACUUUGUUCCCCUCUUCCUUUUGGGACAGCUACGCCUUUCAAAGACAUUCUCAUCGAUGAUUCUUCCAAAGCUCCUUUGGACCCCGUAACGCCUAAAACUUCUUCUGAUGCCUUUACGAACAUCGGAACACCACUUGAUAAAUUCAAUGCAAUGAGUGCUGGUCUGAAGAAAUCACUUAUUCAAGAGUAUCUAGCACUCCUUAAUACUGCUACCAAGAAGGAACUGAUGAAAAUGAAGGGGAUUGGAGAGAAACGAGCUGAAUAUAUAUUACAACUUCGUCUGGAUUCUCCUGAGCCUCUCAAGGAGCUAUCAGACCUGACAAGAAUCGGUCUUUCCCAUAAGCAGAUAAAUUAUAUGUUAAGAAAAGUGGCUGGGGGCAUGUUUAAUUGAUAGUACCAAUUGGUUGGGAUCAGUUUUCUGUUGGCAUGACACUAUCAUGGCAUCAGCUCAAGCAAUGGUACACUGUCAAUUGGAGUAGCAUCACAAGCUUUGUGACAAGGAGUAAGACCCACAAGAAGAUCUUUUGCUGCAGAAUAUGUUCGAUGUGUUGCUUGCGAAGAUGAUGAAUAUGGUGAUAAGUCCUUCAUCGGCCAUGAGAUUUCUGCUUUGUUGACAUGUAGAUUAAUGUCACCAGUCAACUGGUGAUAAGUUCAUGUACUAAAAUAUUUUGCUUCAAAGGAUGUUUGAUGUAUUUGGUUUGAUAUGUACCCGAUGCCUGGCAAUUGAUUAUUUUGUUGCUUUUAUAUAUAAAGUUUGUCAUAUGUACCCGAUGCCUGGCAAUUGAUUAUUUUGUUGCUUUUAUAUAUAAAGUUUGUCAUAUUCACUUGA